UUCGCUUUCAAACAUUGAUAUAUUCUUGAAACAUAUUAUCAAAAUUGCAAAUUACCAAACUUGUGUUAGAGUGAUAUGUGACAAGCCAUGUGUUGUUGAAGAAAACUCCAUUUAUUCCCCACACAUAAAAGGCCUUGCUAUAUUGUGGCACCAAUAAAAAGGAAUUCCCACACUUUUUCCACCCAAAAUUCCCAGUUUAAAAAACCAUUUCUUUCUCCAUUUUUCUUCCCAAAGUAUCCCAUUUCACCAUGGAAAACUCCAAGCCAUUAGCCACAGAGAGCUUUUCUUACAGUUGGUUAGUAGACAGAAAACAGCACUCUCUUGAUGUCUUAACUGAGAUCAUCAAGCCAAAUUUGCCACAAAAAUCAUAUGAAAAAGACCAAAACUUCAACUUUGAUGUUUCUUUGACAGCAUUCCAUGCUGCCCUUGUUCAUGCUGAUGAAAUCUUUGCAGACGGGCAGCUCAUGCCGGUCUACGCCUUCAAAGAAACUCCGGCUUCUGUCCCUGCAUCGCCUCUCUUCUCGUAUGCAACGAGAAGUCCAUUUGAUGGAGCCAAGAAAGAGUCUUGCUUGGUUGAGAAGUGGAGAAGAUCAUCAAAGAGGAUCUUGCACAAGUGUUUUGGAUUGAUUAGGCCGUUGUACAGAAGCUCGAGGAAGAACAAUAGAGUCGAUGAUCUCGAGAGAAAGGUUUGUGAGGUCCGGAGCUGGACUAAUUCUCUGCAAGCAUCACCAAGGCCUAGCUCAGCUGCUUCACUCAAGAAGGUGAGGAGUUGGGGCGCUUCGCCUCAAGCCUCGCCUAGAUUGAGCCCGUCUCGUGCUAGUAGUGCUUGGUGUGGUGAUGAGAGCUCAAUCCAUGAAGCAAUUCUCUACUGUAAAAGAUCAAUAGAAAAGUAGAGGGAAUUUGUCACCUGCACAGAGAAAAAAACCACAGGAUCAAGCUGGAGAGAAAUCAAAUUCAAGAAAUGCAGCCCUUUUCCUUUAGCCUCAUGGUGUAUUAUUUAGGCUCCUCUUAGUUUUGUCCUAUCUUUUUAGUAGGAAAAAAGAAAAAAGAAAAAGAAAAAGGCAAGACAAAUUUUUGGAAAUUCCUUUACUCAGGGCAUUGUGCAAUCUGUCAAUCCUUGUGUUGUAAAAUGAAAAAUUCUCCCCAUUGUAUAUAUGAUUCUGAUAUCUGUCAUGGAGAAAAACAGAUCUGUAGUCACUUCUUAAUGAUCACAUCAUGAUUUAGUUUCA